AUGAAACAAGAAUAGAAAAGCAUUAUCUGGACAUAAAUUCAAGAUAUUGCGAUUCAAAUUGUAGAUCCUCAAAGAUUGAGAAAUCAAAAUAGUCAAGUUUCAUCAAUUGAAUUCUUUAUCAGAGUAGCAGGGGCUUAUGGUUCAUUAUUAUCCCAUCUCAUUAAUUGUGUUUCCUUUUCCUUAGAAUAAAGUAAAUUUUAAGUAAUUAAAGUAUUAGUUAAACAAAUUUAAACUAAAAUAUCAAUAAUUAAUAAGGAAAUAAAAUAUUCAACCUUUGGUAUGUUGGAAGAUAAAAUUCUUGUGGAUCCAUCAGAUUUUGAGGAAAAGAAUAGUUCAGUUCUCACUGUAAUUUCUUUCUUAAAUGAUGAGUAAGUUAUUUUUAAGAAGUAUGAUGGUAAACCGCUGAAUUAUAAUUAAAUAUAAUAAAUAAUUUAAUCGUUCUGA